GCAAUUAACCCUAAAUUUAAUUUUUUAUAUAGUUAGUGAAGUUGGACGUUUUAAAUUUUGAGUGAUUAGACUAUUGAGUGGGUGAUAUAGGGUAGGGGUGGUGGAAAAGAGGAGCAGUGGACCCAGACACAGCGAAUGAGAGUGAACAUCGUUUUCUCAGACGGGAAAAGCAAGAGCUUGGGCCGUAGAUCUAAAUGGAGCAUCACACCACCACCAGCCGCGCCGAAGCCGAGCGCCUCUUGGGCAUCGCCGAGAAGCUCCUCCGCAGCAAGGAUUACGCCGGCUGCCGUGAUUUCGCCAUCCUGGCGCAGGAGACGGAGCCGCUCGUUGACGGCUCCGACCAGAUCUUAGCUGUCGCGGAGGUCCUAUCCGCCUCCGACAACAAGCGGCUGAGCAGCAACCAGCCCGACUGGUACUCGAUUCUCCAAAUCCCGCAGCGCUCCAACGACGUCGACCUCAUCAAGAAGCAGUACCGCCGCCUCGCCCUCCUCCUCCACCCCGACAAGAACAAGUUCCCCUUUUCCGACUCCGCCUUCCGCCUCGUCGCCGAUUCCUGGGCCGUCCUCUCCGAUCCGGCUAAGAAAUCAGUCUACGACGCCGAGUUCGCCUCCCGCUUCACCAAAGUGGAUCUCGUCGCCAUGAAGAAGCAGCAGAAGAAGGCCAAUUCCGGCCAGAAAUUACCCGUCCGUCGCAGCGCUAGAGGUGAAGUCGGCGGCGGGGUCAAAGCGGCGACGCCCAGCACGAAAUCCGGCGGCGUGGGGAGUGAUAACUCGGCUUGGGAGGAGAAUAUGUGGACGGCUUGUCCUUACUGCUACAAUCUGUACGAGUACCCGCGGCAGUACGAGGGGUGUUGCCUGCGCUGCGACAACGAGAAAUGUAGGAGAGCCUUCACGGCGGCGGAGAUUCUGUCGAUGCCGCCCACGGUGCCGGGGAAGGAGGCCUAUUACUGCUGCUGGGGGUUUUUCCCGAUGGGGUUUGCGACUGGGGGGAAUGCGGCAGCGGAGUUUCCGAAAUGGAUGCCCCCCAUGUUCGGGGGCGCCACCGCGACCCCGACUCCGACUCCGGCUCCGGCCCCUCCCCCUCCCCCACCCCCACCCCCACCUGAAAAUGUGACGCCUGUCAGCGCCGCCCCUCCUCCUCCGACGCCUGUUGUAGCAGCACCAACAACGGAGAAAAGGAAAAGGGGAAGACCUCGAAAGAAUGUGUAGUUUGGUGGUUGUAGAUUGAAUGGAAAAGAUGAUUAGAGAAGAUUUGGUGAUGUUUGUUGGAUUAGGAUUGAUUAAUUUCUGUUGUGAUGUUUUUAUGUGCUUUAUGUUAUGUUGUUUUAACUGGGUGUUGAAGUUGAAAUAUAUAUGUGGAGACUGUUCAGCAUCA